GCUGGUUGGGUCCUCUCAUGUGUGCAACUUCAGGUCAGAUUUGAACGGACACCAUGUCGAGCAAAAUGCAAAGACCAAGGCCACCAAAAAGCUCCCUCAGUGCGCAACGUCCAACGUGUUCGCCAUGUUUGACCAGUCCCAGAUCCAGGAGUUCAAAGAGGCCUUCAACAUGAUCGACCAGAACCGGGACGGCUUCAUUGACAAGGGGGACCUGCACAACAUGCUGGCGUCUCUGGGGAAGAACCCCACCGACGCCUACCUGGACGCCAUGAUGAACGAGGCUCCGGGCCCCAUCAAUUUCACCAUGUUCCUCACCAUGUUUGGAGAGAAGCUGAAUGGCACCGACCCAGAGGACGUCAUCAGAAACGCCUUCGCUUGCUUCGAUGAGGAAGCCACAGGCACCAUCCAGGAGGAUUACCUGAGGGAGCUGCUGACUACCAUGGGCGACCGCUUCACAGAUGAGGAAGUGGAUGAGCUGUACAGGGAGGCCCCCAUGGACAAAAAGGGGAAUUUCAACUACAUCGAGUUCACGCGCAUCCUCAAGCACGGAGCGAAAGACAAAGAUGACUGAAGGGCUGCAGCUGACAUUCCUGUUGAGUUUCCUUAUUCACUUCAUGUCUCAGACAUGCACCCCUAUAAGACCUACUGCGGGCCACUUAGUUUCACAGCCUUCCCUCUUUUUUAAUGUAUUUAUUCCAGACCCUUUCUGCCACUUAGCAUGUAUAUAAUCAGACUGGAACGGGGACAAUGUUGUAAAUUGUACUGAAAA